AUGGCCCCAGUGCUCAGUGCUCAUCCGCAGGUCACGGCCAGGCUGGUGCUGCUCCUGUCCCUGCUCAGGGUGGCUGCUGCUGGGAAGCUGCUGGUGGUGCCGGUGGAUGGGAGUCACUGGCUCAGCAUGCGGGAAGUGUUGGACCGUCUCUCGGAGAAGGGACACGAAAUAGUCGUUGUUGCACCUGAAACCAAUUUCUACAUAAAGUCAACAAAGAAUUUUGUGAUUAAAUUGUUCCCAGUCACUUUGACAAAGGAAGAGGUGGAUAAACACUUCCAGACAUUUGUAGAAGAUGUACUUGGUGAAGGAUCUUUUCUGGAAAGGACUCUUAAAAUAUAUCAAAGUACGAAAAGACUCGCUGAUUUUUCCGUCUCUGGCUGCGCACACUUACUGCACAACAAAGAGGUUGUCAGGGAUCUCGAGAAGAUCAAGUUUGACGCUGUCCUUACAGAUCCUGUGAUACCCUGUGGGCAGAUACUGGCCGAGCAUCUUUCACUCCCUUCUGUGUUCUUUUUGUGAGAAACACCGUGUGGUUUGGAUUUUGAAGGCACUCAGUGUCCCAAUCCCCCUUCUUAUGUCCCCAGGGCAUUUACAGACCUGACAGACCACAUGAACUUCCUCCAGCGGGUGAAGAACCAAAUCUUUGACAUCCUAAACUAUUUUCUCUGUCAUUUUGUCUAUCAACCCUACGCACAACUGGCUUCUGAGUUCCUCCAGCGGGAUGUGACUGUGCCAGAUCUCUUACGCCACGGCUCUGUUUGGCUCAUGAGGUUAGAUUUUGUGUUAGAUUAUCCAAGACCUUUGAUGCCCAACGUAAUUUUCAUUGGAGGAGUAAACUGCGCUCACAAGAAGCUUCCUCAGGUGGGUGAUGCUCUGGUUUUCAUUCUUGCUCUGGAUUUCCUCCUUGAAAAGCGUCCAGCCUUCCUGGGCUCCUUUGCCCUUUACAACUGCCUCCCAAGGGACUUUACUGACCACUCUUCUCAACAGUCCAGAGUCACCCUCCAGAAGCCCCAGGUGGCAGUUCUGCUGACCCUGCUCCUCGCUUCUCCAAGAAUCGAGAAUUGUCUCAUUUCAUGA